CGGGUGCAGGCAGAGGAAGUAAGAGGGCUGAGGUCACAUCUCCCUGGAGCCCCUUGCCGCCGGCUUUUUCAGAGCCUCGCCAUGAGCGCGCAGCCACAGCCGCAGCCCGCGCCCACCGUGCGCUCCUCAGCCCUCCCUGCGCCACCACUUUCGCCCAUGUCUCAGUACGCCCCCGGCUCGGACCUCAAGGGGGCUUUGGACAGCAGCAGUCCGGAGGCCAACACUGAAGAUGACAAGACAGAGGAGGACAUGCCCAUGCCGAGGAGCUACCUGUGGCUCACCAUCGUCUCCUGCUUUUGCCCCGCGUACCCCAUCAACAUCGUGGGUUUGGUCUUCUCUAUCAUGGCUCAGAACAGCUACAACGAAGGAGACUACGAGGGAGCCAGGCGGCUGGGGCGGAAUGCCAAGUGGGUGGCCAUCGCCUCCAUCAUCAUUGGCCUCAUCAUCAUCACCAUCUCGUGUGUGGUGCACUUCACGAGGAAUGCCUGAGGAGCCCGUGGUUGGUUGCAAGCAUGGAGGAUGACCCUCGUCCACACCCCCGAAGAAGUUUGUGAGGAAUGGAUCCUUGACUUUAGACUGUGAGAUCUCUUCCUCAGGACUCUCCAGAGGCAGGUCCCUGGCAAAUGAGCAGCAACAACAAAAAGUCCCCAAUUUAGGAAAUCCAAGCCACACAGCCGCAUCAGCCAAUGUCAGUGAUUUAUAAAAAGAAGAAGAAGACGAAGAAAACGAACUCUCACUGUGUCCACCGAGCGAAGCUCUGCGUGUGCAAUCUUCUUCUCCAGAGGUGACGUCCAGAAACCCGUGCCUCUCCGUUGGGUAGGGGACUGGAUCUGGGCAGAAUAGGAGGCCCCAGGAAGAUGCUAGUGUUUAUAGCGUCAAAUACAACAUCUGCAGCAUGUUUAAAGUUGUCUAAUGCAGUUGAAUUCAUGGAUUUUUUUCUUUCAUUUUUCCAUGUUGUAGGUUCGCUACAGUCUUUAAUGACUGCUUCCCCAUCAGCAUCCCCAAAACUCCCCAACCAGGUGGUCAAAGACCUGAAGACCCUCUACGCUUCUGUCUUGACCCUUAUUUUUCCUCAUAGCACCUCACCCGCAACUUUCUUGCUUGCAUCCUUUUUUUUUGUUUUCUUUUUUGGUUUUUUUCCGGGACCGGGAAUCAAACUCACAACCUUGUGCUUGCCAGGCAGGCGCUGUGCAGCUGAGCUAAAUCCCCAGCCCCUUCUUGCUUGCAUCCUCAUUGAUCAAUAUGAUCAUAACCUCAGUCUUCACUCAAGCAGACUCUGAGAAUGUGUUCAGUGGUCAAUCCUAGGCUCAGAGCAUCCUCUUAAUGCCAAGUUUGGGAAUAAACUGGCUGUGUUUACAGAAUAUACACUCCCCAACCCCCACUCUCCUAGUAUCUAAUCAGCCUCUCUCUCUCUCUCUCUCUAUCUAUCUAUCUAUCUCUCUCUCUCAUUUCAAUCUUUGGUUUUCCUGGAUGCCACCUGGAAAUACCCCCCCCAUAUUACUUUUCUGUCAAAGGCAAAUCCUUUAGGUCUGAAUGAGCUAGUUUGCUGACGCCGUUAGUCUGCCUGCCAGAUGUGCCGCCAGUGUUCUGCAGAAUGUGUGCCACUGGUGGUACACAGAUCAUUUCUGAUUAGUUCAUAGGCACAGCACUAAUUAAUAUGGAAUCACAUAGAACUCCUUUUCUGUUCCUUUUCAAUCCUGAUUACAGCAAGGAGAAAGUUUGUUUGGGAGAGAACGGAUCCUUAACACUUUUUUGACACUGUGGCCUUUUAAACAGAAAGCAGCCCUCAAACCCGGUCUGUGUCUACAGAGAAUUCAGUGAUACUAUUUUGUUUUCACGGUAUUUAAUUUAUUACCUUCCAUUUGUGGCUUUGCCAAGAUGUGUGUGCUAUAUUGUUUCUAUUCAAAUAAACUUACUUAAAAAUAAAUGGACUCAAAGACAAAUACCAGGUCAUUAACGGAACACGUGAAAUAUAUGUAUAUAAAUAGCAAAAGUCAGGUCAACAAGUAGUGUUAGAAAUACAGUGGUAACGAAUUUUAGAUUCAAAAGAAAAGGCAGCUUAUUCUAGUUAAACAAACAAAAAAGGCUAAGAGUCAAAAUACAUUUUUUUUGUUAACUAGCUAUGCAAGCUGAUUUUAAGCAAGUUUCUUAGCCUGUCUGUGCUCAAAUUUCUUCAUCUGGAAAAUGGAGAUAAGAAUGCUUGCCUACUUACCUCAUGGUGUUAUGAAAAUUGUCAUAAAAGAUGCUCCCUGGCAGGAGAAUUCUAAGUGCUGUACAAAUACAAAGCAUGGUUCUUAGAGCAUUUUAAAUCUCAGGCAUUUGUUAAAAUACUGGAGCCUAGCAAAAUAAUAAAAGUUGAUGGACACCAGAUUCCACCUGUCAUUUCAUCCAGACGUCCAUCACGAGCCAGCGCUUGUCCCAGGAGGACAGUAAGUCAGGGACAUGAAUUCUCAGCACACAGAGAUGCUAGCUAGAGCCAUUCCAGUAUAUUGGAUCUUGAUAUUGUUUCUGACAUUUUGUUGUUUGUUUAUGUGUGUUUGGGUCCCUUCCUAGUCUUUUACCCAAAUCAAAUGAAAAGUGUUGCUGAGAGGCAGAAUAAAAACGGUUUUAAGUAAGACUA